UCAACGCAAUCGCAACACCCACUUCAUCUUCUUCAGCUUUACCUCAAAACUCAAAAAUCACACAGAGAAGAGAGAAGAGACAGAAGCUUCUGGAAGAUGGGGGCCUCUCCGUCAAAACGAGUCAAGUCGUCCUUUUCCAACUCGCCCGAGUUCAACUCAGCCUGCGACUCGGCCUUCAGCCACUGCCUCUCUCUGACCGAGCACGGCUUCGACGGCGUCUUCCCCUUCCAGCUCGCCACCGCCUCCGACCAUCUCUACCAAAACCUCCAGGCCGGGCCCCACCCCCACCCUCUCAUCCUCAGGUGGGUCCCUUCUCCCCCGACUCGCCCCCAGGUCGACUCCGCUCUCAGGGCCGUCGUCCCUCGCGAGUCCAAGACGACGACGACACUCGGCCCGGCCCAGUUCAAGCAGUGGGCCGUCGAGCUCUUCGCCGGCGCCGUCGUCGGCAACGCUCGCAAAGCCCUCAUGGUUCGGGUCCCCAUCGGCGUCGCUGGGAUUGCUGGCUUGGGGGCCGCCAGUCGCUCCGGUAAGGACAUUGUUGGAACCGCGAUUGGGGUGUACGCGCUUGGCGUUGCCACCGCCAUUUAUCUCGGUUUACAGUAGGUAGGGGGUUUAGGGGUUUUAGAGUUUAUGGAUGGAAAGUGAAUUCAAAAGGAGCAAUUCUAGUAAUACAUGCUUGUUGGACCAGUUAUGUAUAUCCCAUUUGUCAAUAUAUAUAUAUAUCCAAUGUCUCUUGAUUCUCUAA